AUGCUUGUGGUCUGCUUCAAUGCAAUCCUGGAUGAAGGUCCCCAGGCGUGGUCAAGAGAUUCCAUUACGGAUGCGAAUGGUUUGCUGACGGCUAUCACCAACACCGACUUUAUCGCAGCCUUAGUUAUUGUCAACAAGUGCCUUCAUUACGUGCGUGGCAUCACCUCCAGUCUCCAAGCAGAAGCCAAGGACUUGAUUGCAGCAAUGCACGAUGUGAGUUCCGUCACAACCACACUGGCAGAAGUCCGAAGAAAUGUGGACAAUUACCAUGGUGAGUGGUUUGAAGUGGUGAAGUCCGUAUGUGAGGCAGUGCACGUUACGCCAUCACUUCCUAGGCUGUGUGGUCGCCAGACCCAACGGAACAACGUUCAGGCCGAUACGCCCGUCCAGUACUACCGACGUGCCCUGACAGUGCCCAUUCUGGACCACAUGGUGUCGGAGAUAGAGGCCAGGUUCACGCCGCACCACUCGACCGCACUCCAGGGCUUCUGUGCCAUCCCAGCACUGCUGCUAAAGAUGUCCAUGGACGCUGCGAAGUCCCAAGUACAGGAGCUGGUGAAGCUGUAUGACGACGACUUUGUGUCUGGCCGUAGUAUGGAGGCUGAGCUCCACUGCUGGCGCGUGAAGUGGGUGAAGGCAAAGGCAGAGCACGGUGAAGCUAGCUUGCCGACCUCGGUAUCAACAGCGCUACCCCACGCUUCCCAGAUGUUCCCGAACAUCCGCUGCCUUCUGCAACUUCUUGCAACCUUGCCAGUGACGUCUUGCUCGUCCGAACGGUCCUUCAGCGCCCUGAAACUGGUCAAGGACCGGCAGAGAUCAGUGAUGAAGAACUCCCGGCUGUCUGGCCUCACCUUGCUGCAGGUUCAUCAUGACAUUCCAGUUGACGUGGGUGCGGUUAUCGAUGAGUUUGCUCGCCGCCAUCCACGACGAAUGCAGCUGGUGAAUGUAUUGCACAGUGAAUGA